UUAAAGAAGAAGCCUUUUCCGAACGGAAGUCUCUUUUUUUCAUGUUCCGGUUGAUUUUUGAGGGUCCGCGCGCUUCGUUCGCAUUCCUCAAACUCAAAAUAUUUAAAUCUAACCCUAAGUACAUACGCGUUCAAGAUGUCGAACACCAAACUACAGAAUCUUCGGGGCUUUUUAACUGAACGAUUUACUACCGUGGCUGUGGAGAUAUUUGGAGAGAUUGAAACUAUUGUGGAGGCGUACUACGAGGAAAACAAACGCCUGCGGAAUGUACUGCACAUGGUCCUCAACCCCGAGAUAAAGUUACCGAGGAUAGAUGUUAGCAGCCAAUACACUGGAGCAACAACAGAUGUCAGAGAGCAGCACCCUGACCUCAACACUAGGGCGGACCUGGAAACAUCAGAGCCGUUGGCUAAAAAACCCAAAGAAGAGGAAAUUGAAUAUGACAUAAGUUUGGGAUCGGAGCAGCAGCAUGGGCUGGGGGAAGCUGAACACUUUAUUGCCCCAGAUUGUGUGAAAAAUGACCCAGAAGAAGAAGAUGCAAGAAUGCUCUGCAUCGCCGAGACAUUCCACAUAAAAAUGGAUGAGUGCGACCCCCAAUCUUCAGGCACUCUCUCAGCUGAUGAAGAUGACGACUGUUCUGCAUCGGACUCGGAGAGACUCACAGAUCUCCCACAGCUAUCCAGGAGCGAAGAAAGCUCAAGUGGAAGUCGGGAGCCUCAAAAACAUGAUAUACUCUCAGCUGAUGAAGACUGUUCUGCAUCGGACUCGGAGAGACUCACCGAUUUCCCACAGCUAUCCAGGAGCAAAGAAAGCUCAAGUGGAAGUCGGGAACCUCAAAAACAUGAUAUAAAGUCAGGGAAAAGCUUGACGAAAUGGAAGAAGCCAAAGUGGUCCCUGCAGAAAACCAUGCUAGAAUUACCAAGGAUGGUCCCCCAACAAUGUUUCAUUCCUGCCCCAAAUGACUGCCAGUCCUUUUUGGCAAGGCUCACAGAAGCCUUCAAGGACUUUCCAGAUGACAAGAAGCCUCUGAUAACCAAAAUGGGCCUCACAGAGAAUGUGGAAUUAGUGGACUGUGCUUUUGGCAAAGUCCCUAAAGGUUCCCCCCUGUCCUACCAGUGCCCUGUGCCAUCAGGUCAGGAUUACAAGACUCAUGACGAUGCUCCCCCUCGACCGCUGCUUCCCCGGAGUUCUCACAAACUGGAGGUAAUGUUGCCUUCUCGUAGCCUCAAUGCCAAAGAGGCUGAACAUAUGGAAGUCAUGGAAAUCACCUGGGAGGACGCACGCAGUCUGGAGCAUUCCACGCGUGGAAGCGAGGAAGCAGUAGAGGAGCUGCGCAAGCUGCGCUUGACCAGUCAUUUUAGGGAGAUCUGCAAACUUAAACCAGGACGGAGCAAUGCGAAGCUCCUGAUAUUCAAGAUGCAGAAAGGUUUGUCCAGGCGCAAAACGGCACAGAUAGAAAAGCAGAUGAAGGCUGAGGCGCUUCGGGAAUAUUGUAACCAUUUGUGUGUCAACUGGUCCCCCUGCGGUUUAGUGGUGCAUCCGAAUGCUCCGUGGCUGGGGGCGCUGCCUGACGGGUUGGUGUACGACCCCAAGGAGAAACCUAGUUUUGGGCUGGUGCACGUCAAAUGCACCAGGUUCCGGAGCUUCAUCGAGUGUGGGUUCCUGUUCUGCCAGGAUGGAGUCUUGCAACUGAAGAAGAGCCACUCGCACUAUUGGCACAUCCAAGGAGAGAUGAUGGUGACGGGCACGGAGUGGUGUGAUCUGUUGGUGUUCUCCAAAGAUGACAUACUGGUUCAACGCAUCUACAGAGACUUGGUUGUCAUUAACGUCAUGAAGAAGAAGUUGGAUAAUUUCUUUUUCCAGUUCUACCUGCCAUGUCUGCUUUAAGUGAGCUCAGAGCUUGAGCAUCAUCACACUGCUGUCGUACACACUUGCUGUUCCCCUGUUGUGAGUUUUAACAGAUUGUUAACUACUUGAAUGUGGUCUUUUCUGACCACUAACUUUCUGUUCUUGUUAAAUAUAUAUAUUUGUUAUUAGUUUCAUUCAGUCUAGUCAUGAGGAAGUUUGUGAUUUUGGUCAAAGCCAUGGAUACAUUUUUGGAUCUUUUGUAUUUUCUUUUACUUUGAAAUGACACAUUCCGUAUGCAAUUUGAAACUGAAGUCGAGUUUAUAUUUGCCACGUUUACCUCUUUUGCUACUCUCCAAAGGUGCCCUGUUCUAGGGCUGCACCUACUGUAAAAAUAUAUAUUUUUUUUACUACUGCUUUCAUUAUGUUUAUCUGCUGAUCAUUUACUUGAUUAUUAUAUUAAUCAUUUAGUCCACAAAAGGUCAGAAAGUAGUGAAACAUAUUUACCUCAGUUUUCCAGAGCCCAAGCUCACAUGGAUUAUGUCUGAUGGUAUUCUGUUUAAUAUCCUACAAGACUUAGAAAACUAGCAAAUCUAAACCUUUAAGAAGCUGGAACAAGGGGAUAUUUGGCUUUUUUUUUUUUCUUCAACAAAAUGACAUACAUGAUUGAUUGAUUACUAAAAUUGUUGCCAAUUAAUGUUUUUUUAUUUUAUUUUUUAUUGUUGAUUUGUCAACUAUGUGUUUUUUCAUGUUGGUAGAAGCAUUAAAGGUUCAAAUGUUGGCACAUAUGGGAAAUUUCAAGAGACUACCAAGCACAAUAAAUGGUUACUGCAGUUUAUAAACAGAA